ACAAAAUUUAAUUUGUCUAGAGUACAAAUUCCAUUUCCCAAAAUUUUUCCUUGCCGGCUUUUGCCCCAAUUAAUCUCCCGGUUCAAGUCCCCGGUCCAAAACCUAAAAUUAAUUAAUCUCUCCUAAUAAACUCACAUGAUUAGCGAUUGAAAACCUCAGGUGAGGAAAGAAACCAUCACUAGAAAACAACACGCCUUCUCUUCAUUGUCAAUCUUUUUCUUCUUGAUCUUCUUCUUCUUCUCGCGCAGCCUCUUCUUCUUCUCGCGCAGCCUCUGAACAGGAUCCCCAUAGGAGGGAGAGAGAGAGAGAGAGAGAGAGAGAGAGAGAGAGAGAGAGAGAUCCACAGCUUCUUUGAGUGAUUCCGGAUUGGUGAACCCAUCAUCAUCAAAAUUCGCAUUGACGGGUUUGUAGGCUGAAACCAAAUUGAAUUUGUGCCGGUCUAUUGUCUGAAUAUGCGAAUCUGGCAGUGUGAUGUGGAAGUGGGGUUCGAUAAAUGUAGACAUACAUAAGUCAAGAUUUGUCUCCUGGGGUUAUUGGCCUGCUUAGCUUCUUUAGUUUAGAGGACGAGGAGGGGAAGUAUCUGUAUAGAAGGAUGGCUGAUGCAGCUGCUCUUGCGGAGGUUGCAGGCUCCAGAUUUAGUGAAUUGGAGCUGAUUGGAAGAGGAUCCUUUGGAGAUGUCUAUAAAGCGUUUGAUAAGGAGCUUCAAAAAGUGGUUGCUAUCAAAGUUAUUGACUUGGAAGAAUCAGAAGAUGAAAUUGAGGACAUUCAGAAGGAAAUAGCAGUUCUAUCACAAUGUCGAUCAGCAUAUAUUACGGAGUACUACGGGUCCUACCUCCAGCAGACCAAACUGUGGAUAAUAAUGGAAUACAUGGCUGGUGGAUCUGUUGCCGAUCUAAUUCAACCGGGUCAGCCACUAGAGGAGAUGUCUAUAGCUUGCAUUUUACGUGACUUGCUGCAUGCAGUUGAAUACCUCCACAAUGAAGGGAAAAUCCACAGAGAUAUUAAAGCGGCAAACAUUUUGUUGACAGAGAGUGGUGAUGUUAAGGUUGCUGACUUUGGUGUUUCUGCUCAAUUAACAAGGACAAUCUCAAGAAGAAAGACUUUUGUAGGAACACCAUUUUGGAUGGCUCCAGAGGUUAUUCAAAAUUCGGAUGGAUACAAUGAGAAGGCAGAUAUUUGGUCUCUAGGUAUAACAGCUAUUGAAAUGGCAAAAGGGGAACCUCCUCUUGCAGAUCUCCACCCAAUGAGGGUUCUUUUUAUUAUCCCUCGGGAGAAUCCACCCCAGUUGGAGGAGCAUUUCUCUCGUCCUAUGAAAGAAUUUGUUUCAAUGUGUUUGAAGAAGGCUCCUGCCGAGAGGCCAAGUGCCAAGGAACUUCUGAAGCACCGGUUUAUCAGGAAUGCUAGGAAGAGUCCACGGCUUUUGGAGAGAAUAAGAGAGCGACCAAAGUUCCAAUUGAAAGAAGAUGGAGAAAGCCCAAGAAAUGGUCCCAUAGCUCUUGGGGAGGCAUCUGGGACCGUAAAGGUGAUUAGAGACUCAAAAGGUGAAGGAACCGUACGAGCCAGCACCCAAGGUAAAACCUGGAAAAAUGCUGGAUGGGACUUCAGUAUUGGUGGAUCAUCUAGUGCUGGUUCUGGCACAGUGCGAAGUGUUGUAAGGCCACCUCAGGUCAGAGACAGGAAACCAGAUGGUAUUCCAAGAAAAGCACCAGAUGGUGGUAACAGGUGGGCAUCUGCAACUGGAAGUGAUCUUUAUGAUGAGGUUGGAAAAGAUGCUGGAGAUCAAUACGUUGAUGAGAAUCAAGAAUAUCACCAUGAGGAUGAAGAAUUAUCUAUGAGCGGGUCUGGAACUGUUAUUGUACGAUCUCCUAGAGGAGUUCAUUCAUCCUCAUUGUUCAGUGAGCAAAGUAUUUUGUCUAGCAGCACAUAUACUUCUUUUGAUGAUGUUUCCACCAGCGGCACUAUUGUCUACCGCGGACAACAUGAGGAUGCAGAUUCCCCCCGAACUCCUAAGUCCAGACUGGGUAUCCUAGAAAAAACUUCAAGUGUAUCUGAAGACAGUGCAAAGAACCUUGCAGAGGCGAAGGCUGCAAUUCAAGGAGGAUCAAGGAAAGGAAAUUCUCGGGAAAGGUCUGCAUUGGGAAAGAUCAGUAGGGAUGGGCAAGAUAAUAAAAAAUCAGAUCUAACAACAAAUAACUCCGAUUCUUCAAGACAUUUUCGUGAUUACUUAAAUGAGAAGAAAGCAUUUCCAAGAUCACGCCAAACAAGUGAUGAGGAAGACAGUGCCAGAAUCGCUGCGGUUUCUUCGUCCGCUCCACUAUCAAUGUUGUUAAUCCCUUCAAUAAAAGAGGCCAUUGGUGAUGAUUCAGAAGGGCCAGUUGUGCAUGCAGUGUCAAAUUCACUCAUGGAUAUGGAGCGCAUGAAGCCAGGAUCUAGUGAAGUUUUUGUCACCAGAAUCCUUCAGCAGCUCGGAAGUUCAAAGGAACCUUCAUUGAAAGAUCUGCACGAGCUGGCAGCUCGCACCUUUUCCAAGGGCAAGAUGACUCCUGAACAAGCGGAGAACACAAGUCCAGAAGUUGAUAGCAAAAAGCAACCCAAUAAGGAGUUUCAUUCUAAUGCCAAUUUGAGCUCACUAGCAAGGUUCUUGCUUUCAAGAUGGCAAGGCCAAGUUUCUCGAGAUUUGAACCCAACAUAAAGAAGAUUGGAAGUUGUUUGUGUCUAUGCUCUUCUUUGUAUUUCGUUUAUUUAUUAAUUUUGAUUGGAUGUACAUAUCAUUAUAUGAUCUUUCAGUUUUCUUUACUCAGUACAGGAGAAUUCAUAUAUUCUUCUUCUUGUUUACUUUGUUUGUAGUUCAACCAUUUUGUAAAAUUAGGUUUGAUAAUAUCAGUUUUCUUGUACUAAUAUUAACGUUGAUCCCGGUUAUUACUUUC